ACAGGACAGCCACUUCCACAACAGCUAACCACAAAUGCACUGGAUAUUACAACAACCUCAGAUACCACAACAUCCCCAGAUAUCAUGAGAUCCCCGGAUACCACAACAAGUCCAGAUGCCACAACAACUUCAGGCACCGUAACCUUCCCAGGUACAAAGGUAGUCCUACUUACCACAACAUCCCGAAAUGUCACAACAGCAUCAGAUACCACAACCGUUGCAGGUACCCCGGUAUCGUCUGAUACCACAUCAGUUCCAGAUGCCACAACAACCUCAGGAACCAUAACCGCCCCAGCUGGUACCAGGGUAGUCCCACGUACUACAACAUCCCCAAAUGUCUCAAUAAUCUCAGAUACCACAACCAUUACAAGUAGUACUGAGACCUCGGAUACCACACCGGGUCUAGAUAUCACAACCACCUCAGGCACCACAAUCAUACCAAGUACCACGAAAGUCCAAGUUACCCCAACAUCCCCAAAUGUCACAACAGCCUCAGAUACCACAACCGCUUCAGGUAUCCCGGUAUCCUCUGAUACCACAUCAGCUCCAGAUACCACAACACCUUCAAGCACCAUAACCAUGCCAAGUACCACGAAAGUCCAAGUUACCCCAACAUCCCCAAAUGUCACAACAACCUCAGAUACCACAACCGUUACAGGUACCCCGGUAUCCUCUGAUACCACAUCAGCUCCAGAUACCACAACACCUUCAAGCACCAUAACCAUGCCAAGUACCACGAAAGUCCAAGUUACCCCAACAUCCCCAAAUGUCACAACAGCCUCAGAUACCACAACCGUUACAGGUACCCCGGUAUCCUCUGAUACCACAUCAGCUCCAGAUACCACGACGCCUUCAAGCACCAUAACCAUGCCAAGUACCACGAAAGUCCAAGUUACCCCAACAUUCCUAAAUGUCACAACAGCCUCAGAUACCACAACCGUUACAGGUACCCCGGUAUCCUCUGAUACCACAUCAGCUCCAGAUACUACGACACCUUCAAGCACUAUAACCAUGCCAAGUACCACGGAAGUCCAAGUUACCCCAACAUCCCCAAAUGUCGCAACAGCCUCAGAUACCAAAACCGUUACAGGUACCCCGUUCUCCUCAGAAAGCACAACAAAAAUCCUUAGUACUACAACAAACGCAGAUAUCAAAGAAACUUCAGAUGCCUCAACAAUACCAGAUAUGACGACCGUUCCGAGCACUUUAGCAUCCUCAGAGCCCACAACAAUCCAACAUUCUACAACUAGCUCUGAGAUCACAGCUAAUUUAGAUGUUACAGGAUCUCCAGAGAUCACAAUAACCCCAGAUGUCACAGCAAUGGCAGACAUAACAUCUCCAGAGAUCACAGCAAUCCCAGAGUUCUCAACAAUCCCAGGUACAGUUACCGCUCCUGAGAUAACAGUACCUCCACUGUUUACAACAAAUUCAGGUACUACUUAUGGCAUCCCAGGUGCUACAGCAGCCCCAGAAACCACAACAAACGUAGAACCUACAGCAGCCCCAGAAACUACAAUAUCUUCAGAUACCACACCAAUCUCAGAUGCUGCGGACACCUCAGACACUACAACAUCUUCAGAUAUCACACCAGUGUCAGAUGCUACGGAAACCCCAGCCACUACAUCUUCAAAUACCACACCAGUCUCAGAUUCUACGGAAACCCCAGACACUACAAUAUCUUCAGAUACCACACCAGUUUCAGAUGCUACGGAAACCCCAGGCACUACAUCUUCAUAUACCACAUCAGUAUCAGGUGCUACGGAAAUCUCAGUCACUACAACAUCUGCACAUACCGCACCAGUCUCAGAUUCUACGGAAACCCCAGACACUACAAUAUCUUCAGAUACCACACCAGUUUCCGAUGCUACGGACACCUCAGACACUACAACAUCUUCAGAUACCACACCGGUGUCACAUGCUACGGAAACCUCAGUCACUACAACAUCUUCAGAUACCACACCAGUGUCAGAUGUUACGGAAACCUCAGUCACUACAACAUCUUCAGAUACCACACCAGUCUCAGAUUCUACGGAAACCUCAGACACUACAAUAACUUCAGAUACCACACCAGUCUCAGAUUCUACGGAAACCUCAGACACUACAACAUCUUCAGAUUCCACACCAGUCUUAGAUUCUACGGAAACCUCAGACACUACAAUAUCUUCAGAUUCCACACCAGUCUCAGAUUCUACGGAAGCCCCAGGCACUACACCAUCUUCAGUCGCCAAACCAGUCUCAGAUGCUGCGGAAACCCCAGACACUACAACAUCUUCAGAAGCCACACCAGUCUUAGAUGCUUCAGAAACCCCAGACACUACAUCUUCCUAUACCGCACCAGUGGCAUAUGCUGAAGAAACCCUAGAUGCCACAACAGCUCCAGAUGUUACAGUAACCCCAGAUAUCACAACAUCUCCAGAUGCCAUGACAAACGCCGGAGUCUACGCAAGGAGGGAUGUUGAAACAAAAAUGUCUCAAGGUUUGAAAUUAAAAUAAGUAACUUAACCUUUUCCCCCAGCGAGGAACUAAACCUUUUAUACUCUUCACAUUAUCAAAACAAUGGUGCGCAGCCAUAAAAGUGAUAGCUUCAAAACCCAUAAUUUAGGAGUGGUUGUUUCCAUGUUAACCAAAAGAAAAAUUGAA